CUCAGGGGGCGCCGCGCGACGCUGCCGUUAGGAGGCGGGAGGAGCGGACGCCGCCUCAGCAGUCAGUCCACAGCUUCUGCGGGCGCGCGAGAGAGGGAGAGCGCGUGAGAGGGAGAAGGGCUGGCUGGCUGACUGACUGACUGACAGGGCAGGCGAUACUCUCGACAGCGGCCGCCGCUUUUCCUCCGCCUCCUCCGCCUCUUUUCCUUCUUUCCUUCCUUCGUUUCCUUCCUUCCCUUCCUUCCCUUCCUCCUCAGCCUCCCGCCGCCGCCGCCCUGGGGCCGGGCGGGCGAGCGGGGCCUGGCGGCGGCGCUUGGAUGCCUGGAGCCCGCGGCAGAGAGCCAGCCCCUCCGAGCCCGCCAUGGGCUGCUGCGGAAGCGCCGCCUCGCAGAGUUCCAAGCGAGAGUGGAAGCCCCUGGAGGAUCGAAGUUGCACAGAUAUCCCGUGGCUGCUACUGUUCAUUCUCUUUUGCAUUGGCAUGGGUCUUAUUUGUGGCUUUUCAAUUGCAACUGGAGCAGCUGCAAGAUUGGUUUCAGGAUAUGACAGUUACGGAAAUAUCUGUGGACAGAAGAAUGUAAAAGUAGAAGGAAUAGAAAACAGUGGCUUAGACCUCACAGAAAAAAAGUAUGUGUUUUUUUUGGAACCCUGCAACGUAGACCUGGUAAAACGGAAAAUCAAAUCUAUAGCUCUCUGUGUGUCGGCAUGUCCACAGAGUGAGCUGAAAACUCUGGCUGAUGUUCAGAAAUUUGCAGAUAUGAAUGGUUCUACUUUAUGUAGCUAUGAACUAAAGCCAUCUGAAUACACUACAGAUCCAAGGGCUGAUAAGCUUUGCCCCAAGCUCCCAGUUCCAGAGAGUGCACCUAUUCCAUUCUUCCAUCGCUGUGCUCCCGUGAACAUUUCCUGCUAUGCCAAGUUUGCAGAGGCCCUGAUCACCUUUGUCAGUGACAGUAGUGUCUUGCACAGGCUGAUUAGUGGAGUAAUGACCUGCAGAGAGAUUAUAUUGGGACUUUGCUUGUUAUCACUAGUGCUUUCCAUGAUUAUGAUGGUGAUAAUCAGAUAUAUCUCAAGAGUACUUGUCUGGAUCUUAACAAUACUUGUUGUACUAGGAUCACUAGGUGGCACAGGAGUAUUGUGGUGGCUAUAUGCUAAGCAGAAGUCUCCCAGUGACACUCUUACUGUUGAUCAACUUCAAAUAGCCAAAGACAAUCGCCAGGCCCUCUUGAUCUAUGCCAUUGCAGCUACAGUCUUUACAGUUAUUUUACUGCUGAUAAUGUUAGUUAUGCGUAAACGAGUAGCUCUCACAAUUGCCUUGUUCCACGUGGCUGGAAAGGUCUUCAUUCACCUGCCACUGCUCGUCUUCCAGCCAUUUUGGACCUUUUUUGCCCUCAUGCUUUUCUGGGUAUAUUGGAUCACAGUCUUGCUCUUCCUAGGUACCACAGGUAGCCCAGUCAAAAAUGAACAGGGCUUUGUGGAAUUCCGAGUUGCAGGCCCACUGAGGUACAUGUGGUGGUAUCAUGUUGUGGGUUUAGUCUGGAUUAGUGAAUUUAUCCUUGCCUGUCAGCAGAUGACUGUAGCAGGAGCUGUUGUGACAUAUUAUUUUACAAGGGAAAAAAGAAAUUUGCCAUUCACGCCUAUUUUGGCAUCUGUCAAUCGCUUGAUCUGUUACCACCUAGGAACUGUGGCAAAAGGGUCUUUCAUUAUUACCUUAGUGAAGAUUCCACGGAUGAUACUAAUGUAUAUUCAUACACAAGUCAAAGGAAAAGAAAAUGCCUGUGCUCGAUGUAUUCUGAAAGCCUGCAUUUGCUGCCUUUGGUGUCUAGAAAAGUGCCUGACUUACUUAAAUCAGAAUGCAUACACAGCCACUGCUAUCAACAGCACCAACUUCUGCACCUCAGCAAAGGAUGCCUUUGUGAUACUAGUGGAGAAUGCUUUGCGAGUGGCUGCCAUAAAUACAGUGGGAGACUUCAUGCUUUUCCUUGGAAAGGUCCUAAUUGUUUGCAGCACAGGCUUGGCAGGGAUCAUGCUGCUGAAUUACCAGCGAGACUACACAGUAUGGGUCCUGCCACUUAUCAUUGUCUGCCUGUUUGCAUUCUUGGUUGCUCACUGCUUCCUGUCGAUUUAUGAAAUGGUCGUGGAUGUCCUUUUCUUAUGUUUUGCCAUUGACACUAAAUAUAAUGAUGGCAGCCCAGGGAAGGAGUUUUAUAUGGACAAAGUUCUUAUGGAAUUUGUGGAGAACAGCAGAAAAGCAAUGAAAGAAGCUGGCAGGGGAGGUGGACCUGAAGGCAGGGAACUCAAACCAAUGGCUUCUGGAGCAAGUUCAUCUUGAAGCUAGCCAGCCAUUAUGGAAACCAUUGACAUUCCAAAACAAUAUCUAUCUUAUCUAUCUAUCUCUAUAUAUAUCUAUAUAUAUAUAUAUAUUAUUUAAAAAGCAGCCAAAAUCAGAGAAAAGGAACAGGGAUUUAAUACUUUUUUAAUGAUUAUUUUUGUGAAACAUGUACUCUUUUCAUACGGGUGGCUUUUACAAGCAACUUUUAUCAUUGCUCCAUUUAAAAAUCUAAUCAUUGUGGUUUGUGCAAUGUUAUGAUUGUAAAAAUAUUGAGAUAUUUCAUAAUUUAGAGAAGGGUAACAUAAUAUUUGAAAGGUAUUGUGCAAGAAUGCAGAUUUGAAAUAACAAGUGGGUCAAAUAAUUUCCCCUCCUGGUUAUUUUUAAUGAGCAUAACACUUUAAAACUCAAUGGAUAAUGACUGUUUUGAGGGGAGAAAUCCUUCAUAAAAUUUAUUUUCUUUUUUAGAACUGGAAUGAAUAAUACAUUAAUCAUGUUGGGUUUUGCUUGCUCUUUUUCAAUGGGAUUCUAAUAGGAUUCACAAAGUUCAGCCUAUCCAGUUUUUUUUUUCAUUAACACAUUUGACAAUUUCUAUCUAAUGCAUUAAAAAAAACCUAACCAACUCCUCAGGUAUUUAGAUAUUGAGACAGCCCCUGAAUCUGUGAAGGACAAACUUAAAGGCAUAUGAGGGAGGACGAGUUUUAUAUGCAACUUUUGUCCUGUGUUACUUUAGUUUUCCCCUUGAAUUUAAUAUUGUCCUUUGCACUCCAUUGUUCUUUUCAAUUACGCAAAUUCUUUAAAUAAGUGGAUGAAUAACAGACAUCUAAAGCUCAGCCUUAGCUCUGCUCUGUCAUCCAUGACUACAUGGAAAGAUGCUAGGAAAAAAGAGAAAAGCUGUACAACUAUACAAAAAAAAAGUACUGUAAGUCAUUUAUUUGUUUUCUUUACUGUUGACAUCAUUUCUUGGUCAUGUUUCAUUAUAUGUUUUCUAAUUAAUGGAGUGUUGUGGGAAAGAGCAGGUAAAUAUCUUCUUAAAAUGUCACUGCCUUAGUAUCUACCAUAGUUCUUAGAGCCUCUGUACAUUCAUGCUCAUAGUAUCGGAGAGCCACAUGAAUACUUCAGAAGCUUCCAGAAAGCAAUAUUUCUGUCUUGCUUAUUUUUCCACAUUUCUAGGGUUUAAUUUAGCAUAUCUAAAUUAUUUUAGGAGUAAAGUGGAUUUUACAGUGGCCCAAACUGUGUGUUAAAAUACCAGAUUCCUACUAAGUAUAGAGAGGGAGAUAUUUAAACUGCAUCAAAGGUACAGGGUGAACUGUGGAUUAUUUUUUUCUCUUCCCAGAGUACUAGUCUUUAUUGUCCUUCCUGCCCUCACAAUGUUUUCCUGUGCUUACAUCCUGUCAGGGGAAAGAGAGGUGGAAGAAAAAGUGUAGGUGGAAGAAGCAUUCAGCAAUCUCUCGUCCCCAUGCAUGCUGCACUUUAAGUCCUCCCUUCUUUCUAGUGCCUAAGAAUUCAAUGCAGCCCCAUUUAAAUACCCAGACCAUUUCUAGUCAUUCACCUUUGUGUUGUAAGAACACAUAGGAAUGCCAUUUAGGUCUCUUAAUUCAAAGAAUUUAUGUUCUUCAAUCAUGCUAAAUGACCAUUCUGGAAAACAUUUCUUACUUUUUGGUUCUGUGGCAAUAGAACUUUUAAUUGUGUUAGUGCCACACAAAAACAAAUUGAUCAGUGAUGACAUUUGAUAUAUAGUAGGUAUCUUCAUUCUACUUGCACCUGGGAGGUGAUCUUGAAACGUUUAUGUGAGUGGAUUCUCUUGGUAAUGGACAGAUUAACGCUCUAAUGCCCUUGUAAGACAGUGCUCAUUUUUGGUCUAAAAUACUGUAAUUUGAAUUUGUACAAUGGAGUGAAAUGAAGCCUUUCAGUUUUCUACUCCUGAUUUGCUUUCAAGACUUGGUCUAGUGCUCAUUCAUUGCAAGGUCAAAUCUUAGUGCACAUGGCUUCUCUCUGUAAUGAGAUGAGUUGAGAGUCUCCAGAUAGCCAAACUUCCAUAUAGUCAAACAUUCUGAUGUGUAGAUUUUGGACUACACCUACCAUAUAUACAGCCAUUGGGACCAUAGGAACCGCAGUGUCAAGACCCUCUGGAGCACCUCAGUAGCUAUAUCUGUUAGGGAGAAUGGUCGGAAAGAAUUUAGAAUGCUGGCUAGUUCUUUAUAUAGAUUCCAUAGACCAACAUAUGAGGUAGUAAUGCUGUUCCAGGAAGGUACAACAUUAAACUGCAAAUUCUUGAUGUGAGGAGUUACAUACUUGAAGACUCUGAUUACACACCCAAAAAUCAUUACAUAUGGAAAGCUGACGUGUUAAGUAGAUUGUUAUUGGAAUCCUUCUCUCAGAUAUGGUUUACUAUUUUACAUGCAGGCUGCAUUUGUUGCUGCUGUUGUUUGUUUGUUUGUUUGGGCAAUGAAUGUUUGCCACUUUGUUACUUUUGUCUGUAAACUGCCCUGAGUCGUCCCUUUGGUGAGAUAGGGUAGAUUAUAAAUAAAAUUAUUAUUAUUAUUAUUAUUAUUAUUAUUAUUAUUAUUAUUAUUAUUAUUACAGUAGACCAUCACAUUCACUGGGGUUAGGCACAGAGGACCAUCCAAGAAGUGAAUGAAAACCCCUAUUAAAAACACUAUAUUUUUUAUCUGAAAGAACAUUGUAGGCAUUUGUAGGUCCUCCAGCACUCUAUUCAAAAGUUGGUCAUAGAAUCAUGCAGAAGGACUUACAAAUAUCUAGCAAAGCAUCUCCCUAGGAAUCUAUAGGUCAUCUAGUGCAACUUUGUGGUCAGAAUCUGACUGAAAUUGACAUAGAGACUCCUAGAAUAAAAUCCUCGAAUAAUCAAAUCCAUAAAAGUCAAACCCACAAAUAUGGAGGCUGACCUUUUAGGGGAAAAUUUUUAACUGUGAUGUUCCCACAUCCAAUGCCCUGAAGUAAUAUAGUUACAGAACAAUUUUGCUCAGCUUGUCUGUUGUUUGUGUAGGCAAUGCUAUUGAGCAUAGCCUGUAGCCCUCCAGGCUUUGGGACUUCAACUCCCAGAAGCUCUAGCUAGCUUGUCCAAUGGCCAGGAAUUCUGGGAGCUGAAGUCUAAAACACCUGGAUGGCCACAGGUUUUGUAGGCCUGCUACAGUGUGUAGAUAAAUCAGAACAGCAGAAACACGAUCACCAUUGCUUUCCAGAAGGUUCCAAAGUUUGACAGGGCUUGGUCCCUAUCAGCAUGGAUGGUCAGAGGCCUUUUGAAGAGCUUCAUUGCUGGUUGGUAGCUUCCAUUUUAUCCAGUAACAAGAACUUGUCCAUAUUUUGUGUGUUACAUUUCUUUCUUCAUUCCUGAAACUUAAUUCAUAAUGAAUGCUAGUAUUCCAUUGUUUGGCUUCUUGUAAUGGUAAAUGCUUAUAGUGUAAUUGCAGAGAAUAAUUUCAUGAUCUGUUUAUGCUAUAUAUUCCUUUUUGUUACAAUUUUUUUAAGAAAACUAUUUUUGUUAAUGUAAAGUUAAAUAUUUCAGAGCAGAAUUUUUAAACUUUAUUGCACUAAAUGCAAAUGUGGAGAAGAGAGAAGUAAUGCCUCAACAGGUGGAUCACUCCUUAAGAAAACCUUUUUGAAAAAGAGAGCUGUUGUUCUAGGUAAGCUUAGCUAAAUGGUUACAGAAAUGGGUGAAGGGACACCCAAUAGAGCUGAAUGGCCACCAAUGUUUAUGUUGUUUUCUGUUUUGAUUUUUUAAAAAACAAACAAAUGGCUGUUUUGAUUCUGUGCUUCCUUUAAAGGAUCAUUUUUUUUUUAAUUGCUGCUGAAGGAAACAUAGCAUUCUGUAAUUAAUUGGUGGUCUUUGCUGUGUAACUAAAAUGCUUCAGUUUCAUUUUUUUAUCAAUCAUCUGACAUCUAAAUCUUUUCAGACUACUUGCAAUAAAAUUCAGGACAGUUGAGAAAAAGCAGAAUCCUUUCUUUAUCAGUCACAGAAACCAAUUGUGGAAGUGCAUUUUAAGACUAGCGAACUAGAUUGGCCGCUGUUCCUGCUUAGCACCUUCAUGACACCUGUUGAACAUGACCAGCGUGAAUCGUGAUACUUCAUUAGGUCUGUUGGUUGAAAUGCUUGUGUGUUAGCAGGAACCAAGGCAUUAGUCUAGGCUUAAACUAGAGCACUGCUUUAAAUCUCUUUCAAUGUAUAUAUUACAUGUUACUGUAAGAAUAUUUAGAAGGAGAGUUAAGAGGAGCCUUAAUUUGGGGAAGGAAGUACAGUGGCUCUGCCGUAAAACUGGACUUCAGACAGAGUCUGCUUACGUCAAUGUAUUUGGCAACAACAGAAAGAAACCUGGGCUCAGCUGCUUGAAAACUACAGACGCUGGAUUCCAAAGCAAGGAAAGUGGUGGGUCACUUAUUGUGGCUCCACUGAGGUUAAUUCCCAUUAACCUCAGCUUCAGAAAUCAUCCUUCAAGACAGGAGGCACAGAUUUGGCUCACUUUGAUAUCAUCGAAACUCCUGCUUUGCCAGGUUCCACAAGCCUGUGUUUCUUGCUUUCCCUUAGGAAGAGAGAUGAUUUUUGGUUUGAACUUGCAACUAGAAUUGUAAUCAGAAACUAAAAUUUUGUAUUUUUGUAUACCUUGAUUGUGCAGCAUUUUUAUAUACAGGUCCUGUUUUACAAAUAAAUUUGGUUUCUUAA